AUGUCUACCUACAACGGCUUCAAGAGCUCCAUCGCUUCCCUCCGCGUCGCUGGCGCCCAUGCUCCCUCCUCGAAGAACGCCGACGACCUCAAGGCCGCCGUCGCCUCGACUGAGCUUCCCGCCUCUCCUCCCGACUCUGAUGCGUCGUCUGACGUCGACUCGGCUCGCAAAGUCGGCGGAGACGGCGCUACCUGGGCUGGCUUGAAGGAGGAGAAGACCGAGUCGUGGACUGUUGACUGGGAUGGCUCGUUCAAGUUUGCUCCCAUCAAGGAGCACAUCGUCUCGCGUGCCAUGUCGUCGCGCUACGGUAAGGACCAGUACGAGACCGCCAUCUCGGACAUCGUCAUCGUCGGCGCUGGCUCUGCCGGCCUCUCCGCGGCCUACGCCAUCGCAAAGGAGCGUCCCGAACUCAAGGUCACGAUCCUCGAGGCCGCCGUCGCCCCUGGCGGAGGAGCUUGGGUCGGUGGUCAGCUCCAGUCGGCCAUGGUCGUCCGCAAGCCGGGUCACUACUUCCUCGACGAGCUCAAUGUUCCUUACGAGGACGAGGGCGAUUACGUCGUCGUCAAACACGCCGGCAUCUUCACGGCGUCCUGCCUCGCUGCCGUCCUCAAGUUCCCGAACGUCAAGCUCUUCAACGCCACCGCCGUCGAGGACCUCAUCUCUCGCCCCGACCCGCUCUCGAAGGUCCCGGGCGCUCGUCGCAUCGCCGGCGUCGUCACGAACUUCACUCUCGUCACCAUGGCGCAUGGCCUUGCCUCUUGCAUGGACCCGCAGACCAUCACCGCGCCCGUCGUCAUGUCCUUCGCCGGUCACGACGGCCCCUUUGGCGCCUUCUCCGUCAAGCGUCUCGUUGCCACCGGCCUCGUCGAGAGCCUCGGGGACAUGCGCACGCUCGACAUGCGCCAGGCCGAGGACUUCAUCGUCAACAACACCCGCGAGGUCGUUCCGGGUCUCGUUACGGGCGGCAUGGAGCUCGCUGAGCUUGAUGGCUCGUCACGCAUGGGAGCCAGUUUUGCGGCUAUGUUCGUGAGCGGCAUCAAGGCGGCGAAGAUCGCGAUCAAGAUGUACGACUCGUACGAAAUUGAGGACGGGGAGGUCACCGGCUGGGCGGGCGUCGAGAAGAAGCUCGCUGCCACCAAGAUCUCCGCCUGA